AAAGCACUACUGACACAAGUGACAACAUGGCCAACGAAGAAAUUCUGAACAACACAGGGAAAACACUUGCUGAGAGAUUUCGGGCGUUAUUUACCUUGAGAACACAAGGAGGAGACGCAGCUAUCAGGGCUAUUUCACAGUGUUUACUGGAAGAAUCAUCUGCUCUUUUGAAACACGAAUGUGCUUAUUGUCUUGGCCAAAUGCAGGACUCCACUGCCUUACCUGUGCUAAAGAGAGUUCUAUCAAACGUUAAUGAAGAGCCAAUGGUACGUCAUGAAGCUGGGGAAGCUUUGGGUGCUAUAGGUGAUGCAUCGGCUAUCCCGUUUCUGAGUAAGUAUCUGAAUGAUGACUCCCCAGCAGUUGCAGAGACUUGUGCACUAGCAGUAGAGCGUUUACAGUGGCUAAGUGACAAAGAUUGUGGGAGGUUUCGUGACAACAAUCCGUACCUGUCGGUUGAUCCAGCUCCACCUACUAAUAAUGGCUCUGUUAAAGAAUGGGAGGAACAAUUAAAUAACAGGUCAUUGUCUCUGUUCUUGAGGUACCGUGCUCUCUUUGCUUUGAGGAACAAAGGUGGAGUUGAUGCAAUUAAAGCAUUGACCACUGGAUUUAAAGAUGAAAGUGCUCUCUUUAAACACGAGAUAGCUUAUGUAUUGGGUCAAAUGCAAGACCCAGCAGCUAUAGAAGCACUGAAACAAGUUCUGGAGGAUACAUCCCAGUGUCCUAUGGUUCGUCAUGAAUGCGCAGAAGCUUUGGGCUCAAUUGCAACUAAAGAAUGUCUUCAAGUAUUGACAGAGUAUUGUGAAGACCCUGAACGUAUUGUGAGCGAGAGCUGCUAUGUUGCUUUGGAUAUGUAUCAGAAUGAACAUAAUUAAUGCUGAAUAAUAAUAAUAAUAAUAAUAAUAAUAAUAUGUAUGUCCAUGUUUAAUAUUAUAUUGACUGAGUUAUAAUAGUGUUAAUAGUGAUCAAUCUAAUCACAGAUAAAAA